UGCGUGACAAAGUUGCCCGCCUAAAAAUGGCGGACACAGCCUAAAGCUCAUCUCAACCCAUUCAUUCAUCUAGUAAAGCAGCAGGCCACAAUGGGAAUAAAUUGGCUUCUUCUUGUCAGUAGGCAAGGCAAGGUCCGCUUGACAAAAUGGUUCAUUACCAUCCCACCAAAGGAGAAAGCAAAGAUCGUAAAGGAUGCUACACAACUCGUUCUUGCACGAAGAGUCAAGAUGUGCAACUUUCUCGAGUAUAAAGAUACCAAAAUCGUCUAUCGAAGAUAUGCAAGUCUCUUCUUCGUAGCCGGGAUUAAUUCAAACGAUAACGAAUUGAUAACUCUUGAAGUUGUUCACCGAUACGUCGAAAUUCUCGACCGCUACUUUGGCAAUGUCUGCGAACUUGACCUAAUUUUCAACUUCCACAAGGCUUAUUUCAUAUUGGACGAACUGCUCAUAGCUGGCGAGUUGCAGGAAUCCAGUAAAAAAUCAGUGCUACGAGUAAUUACACAGCAAGAUCAAUUUGAGGAACAGGAAGCGAAUGAACAAAAGAAUUCAUAAAUGAGAUGAAUAGUAUAACUGACUGAAUACAUGUGGUUUUUUUUUUUUGCAAAUUAAAUGGAUUGUAGUUUAUCCGAAUGAAAAACUCUCUUGAUGACACAAGAUGUCCCCCUAGCGUUUUGUUAUGACACACCUCUCUCGAUCGAACAUUCUCCGCUCUGCGCCAAUCACUGCCAUUUUUCCUUGUGACAAUUUCGUUCAAUGAUAGUAAACCCUCCGAGAUCUAAUGCUUAUUAUCUGCAAAUGUCAUGAAAUAAAAAAUGCGCGUUGACGAUGAUUUCGU